AUGGCAGCAAUAUCAGUGAAGAUCCUCUUACUAGUUUCAGUUUUAGUAGUUAGCUCAUUCUCACAACUCACUCAUGCAGAUGAAUUCACUGAAAAUUCAUCUGAUCCAACUCUUCAACCUUUAAGGUUUGGACGUGGGCGUGGGCGUCCCCCUAAGUCUCCACUGCCCAAGCGGCCACCACCACCGGCGCCGGUUAAGUCUCCGCCACCACCAGUGCCGGUUUUGUCUCCGCCAACACCAGUGCCAGUUAAGUCUCCGCCACCACCAGUGCCAAUUUUGCCACCACCACCAGUUCCAGUUAAGUCUCCACCACCACCAGUGUUAAUUUUGCCACCACCACCAGUGCCGGUUAAGUCUCCACCGCCACCAUCACCAGUUAAGUCCCCACCCCCACCCCCACCAGAAGAUGAGCAACCACCUCCUCCACCACAUGAUGAGCAACCACCACCACCACCCGAAGAUGAGCAACCACCUCCUCCACCCGAAGAUGAGCAACCAGCUCCUCCACCAGAAGAUGAGCAACCACCACCGCCACCUGAAGAUAAGCAACCACCUCCGCCACCACAAGAUGAGCAACCACCUCCACCACCAGAUGUGGAGCAACCAGCUCCUGCACCACAUGAUGAGCAACCACCUCCACCACCAGAUGUUGAGCAACCAGCUCCUCCACCACAUGAUGAGGCUCAGUCACCGGUACCAUUGCCACAUGCUGAGCAACCAUUUCCUCCACCACCAGAGGUUCUGUCACCGGCACUAUCACCAGAUGCAGAUGAGUCAUUUCAUACAUCAACUGAUAUGCUGACCAAUGAAUUUAUUUAUUGGGAAAAUAAUUAA